AUGUUCUCUUGGAGGAAAAAGUCCGCGCCGGUAUCGGCGCCGGUCAUAGCGUACCCUCCAAAUCUUCCUGCUCCGCCUCCGAUCCUGCGCAGCCCAGCUAAUCCGACUCGGUCUACGUCCCCGUCGCGCAUCCGCUUCACCUCAGAGCCGGCUACACCGUUAUCCCAUGCUUCGCCAUCUGUGACUCCAACUCGUCAGGAGCCCUUGCCACGCCGAAUGGCUCCGCCCAUGUUGGUCGUUUCUGAUCACGACGGUAGUGGCGAUGCUGUGAGGCCGCUUGAUGUGAGCCUGUCGUCUCCUACUGCCAAAUCUGGCGGCAGGCGGUCUUCUCGCCCUCCUUCGCCGACAACAUCUUCCUUUGGAUCCAGGUCAUUCCAGGUCUCACCCCCUACAUCUUCCACAGAAAUCUCUCCGUUGUCGAACCCUCAGCUUCCCUCCAACCAUGUCACUACCCCUCCAAGCGCCUAUGUUUCUACCAUGCAGCAGCGUGCUCCGCCCCCGCCCUCCCCUUACAGACCAACGGCUGAUCGAGGAAGGCAGUCCCAGGAUCUGCCGGCGAGAAUCAUCAACGAUGCCCCGGAGCUCGUACCGAGACCUGUGAGGCACUCGUCUUUGUUCGCGUCUGGAAUGAGAAUGAACAACUUUGGUCUCUCGCUCGAUGUAUCGCACGCAACGCUCGAGUCUGGGGCACUGCCCCAGUUGAAUAUUAUCCCAGCCACUCCUCAAGAUCUAUCAGACGGAUUCGAAUCGAUUCAGCUCGACAACGGACAGGACCGAUCCUGCAGCGGUGCCGUGGUGGGACUGGAGCAAGCUCCGAUCCUUCACAGUAAUCCUUCUGAGGCCGCAGCCGAGGCGACUGGGUCGCCCACGAUUGACGUCGACUUGCAAUUCACUCCAUUUGCACCGCUGGCCGUUUUGCCAUCGAGUGAAAGCACUGUCACGAUUACGCUCCCGCCUCAGAACCAGACGCCUGUGCAACCUUUGGAAUCAUUUCCUUCACUUCCGUCUCUUGUCUCCUCUUGUUCGGCACGAUCGUCGUACGAGUCAAUGCCGACGGCUCAAUCGACCAGUGGCAUAUCAUCGUCCUCUUCCGCAUCGUCCCUGAUGUCAUUCCCCGAUGUUGAGGCGGCGUUGGGUUCAAUGCUGGCUUCACUGGAUUCGGAUGUUCUAGACAUGGGGAUGACUGCGGAAUCCUCAUCCAGGCAGACCGACAAAAAACCGCUCAAUCCCGGUUUAGGCCUCGGACUGGAUUUUCCGGAACCCCCUUCGAUCACCGCCCCACUGGCACAUCGCCGUCGAGCUCCACUUCCCCCUCUGGAUCUCCAAGAUGGUUCUAGCAAGCUGCCAUACUACAAAGUGAACCAUAGGGUGGCUUUUUACAAGACGGCGAAAGCAGCACCCAACACGCCUAGCUCUGGCAUCUUCGUCGACGACUCAUUAUCUGCCAGCUCGCUGUCAUCACUGCAGUCCGCCGGCUCGAACUCAGCCUCCUCGAGUAGACAAGCCGUGUAUCGGAGCACAGAGAGUUGGCGUCCCGCGGAGGAGGAGCCGACUUCUGCCUCUUCAUGCUUUGGUCUAGGCCUAGAUGGCUUGGACCAUGUUCUCUCCGAGUCAUCGUUCGCGAGAAGACGGUCCGCGUCAGCACCUAUCGGUAAGACGCAGCGUGACAGUGUGUCCUUGGCGUCCGAGGCAAGCGACGAGGACUUGCACACCGCGAGCAUCGUUUCCGUUGGUCCGAUGGUCAGUAUCGGAGUGGGGGAAGCACGAGUCUUUGACACUCGAGAGGAUAUAAUCAGCAUGGUCACCGAGGUUGGGUUGGCACUCUGA